CUUGCGUUUGUAAGUGGCUCUGUUUCACCUUCUUCCCCGCUUGUCGGACGUGGGAUACAAGAAGCAUUACAUACUGAAACAUUGACGGGUCUCUCUUGGCAAGGCCCGGCACUUCUGAUUCUGCACUCUGUUUCAGUUCCCGAAGAAUCUAAAUUCAUGAAGGGCCGGUUGAAAUUUUUCGCAAGUCUCGGAGCUGUGAGAGGUUUUGCUGGGUCCAGUGGCAAAGGACUCAAGAUUGAUGGGGUUAAGGAUAUUAUAGCCGUUGCUUCUGGUAAAGGUGGUGUGGGCAAGUCAACCACUGCAGUUAAUUUGGCUGUUGCACUUGCUAGCAAAUUUCGACUUACAGUAGGUUUGCUUGAUGCUGAUGUCUAUGGACCGUCUGUUCCUACAAUGAUGAAGCUCCAUGGAAAGCCUGAAGUGACUGAAGGUAUGAAGAUGGUUCCAGUUGAAAACUAUGGAGUCAAGUGUAUGUCUAUGGGAUUUCUUGUGGAGAAGGAUAACCCAAUCGUGUGGAGAGGUCCUAUGGUAAUGAGCGCUCUUGAGAAAAUGACAAGGGGAGUUGACUGGGGAAAACUUGAUAUUCUUGUGGUGGAUAUGCCACCUGGCACUGGUGAUGCUCAAAUAUCUAUUUCCCAGAGGCUGCAACUAGCAGGUGCUUUAAUUGUUUCAACAUCUCAAGAUGUUGCUUUGAUUGAUGCACGAAGAGGAGCUAAAAUGUUCUCCAAAGUUGAUAUUCCUAUUUUGGGUAUAAUCGAAAACAUGAGCUACUUUAAAUGUCCUCACUGUGGUGAGGCUUCCUAUAUUUUUGGGGAAGGAGGGGUUCAAAAAACAGCAGACGAGAUGGGCUUGGAAUAUCUUGGUGGGAUUCCAUUGGAGGAGGAUAUUAGAAAGAGAUCAGACGAAGGUGUCCCUAUGGUAGUCUCAGCACCCAAUUCUACAGUCUCAAAAGCAUACUGUGAUGUAGCUCUAAAAGUUGUCAACAAACUUGCAGAAAUUUCAAAGCAGCAACCAGCUUCUCCGAAGAUCUCAUUUUGAAACUGCACCAUUUUUUGCUGUUGUAAUCGUUUAAUGGGGUUUGCUUCUGUGGCUUCCCUAAGCAGUUGAUUUUGUAUAUCUAAAUUUUUUUUCCCUUGAAAUUUUUUGACUGUACAAAGAAAAUCUUUCUUUAUAUUUAAAACAAUUUCGGAAUUA